CUUGCAGCUUGAGCUUACGAUAAUUAAAGCUUGCUCAGCUACUGAGGUGAACGGACGCGGGCGCGAGUCUCACCAAUCUUAUCGUGAUCAUAGUUCCAGGUAUAGGCAAGUCAAACUAUGGACACCGAAAAAAAUGAUAAAAGAGGCCGAGGAACGGCAAGUGGUAGUUCUUCGUCGCAACAACUUCAAGGAGCUUGGGCACGCCAUCCAGGACCAUCUUCAACCCCUGAUACAUCCCAAGCAUAUGGACCUCCACUGGCCAAAUAUUCUCGUUCACAGAGUGUAGAUGAGUCCAUCCGUGGACCAGCACCCGCUGAGAAUAUUUGUACAGAUAAUCAGCGACCGGGACUUGAUCGUCGAGGAUCUCCUACAUCUAAUGUUCGACCAGUUGGAGCUAGGCGUGAUACAUCAUCGUCAUCGUCAUCAAGCAAUGUUGGACGUGGAGCAUCGCGUGCAAGGAAAUUACAGAAUGCAGAUCUUUUGAAUUCACGGCCAGCUCAUGUUAAAUCAUCAAAGAAAGGAGCAGGUGGUAACGCAAUAAAAUUGCAAGCCAACUUCUUUAAGAUUUUGAGCGCUCCAGAUUGGUGUUUGUUACAAUAUCGCGUCGAUUUCGCUCCCGAGGAAGACAGAACUGUCGUUCGCAAAGGGCUGCUUCGUCUUCAUAAAGAAAGAUUGGGAAUUUAUAUGUUUGAUGGUAGUGUUAUGUAUACUUGUAAUCGCUAUCACGGAGUUUCUAGAACAGUGUCAAUGGAAUUAUUUUCGGAACGACAAUCUGAUAGUACAAAAAUAACAAUCAGUAUUCGAUUAGUAGGAGAAUUAGCCAAGGGUGAUCCGCACUAUCCACAAUUUUUCAACAUCAUCGCUCGUAAAGGAUUGGAGCAUCUCCGUCUCCAAUUAGUUGGACGCAAUUAUUUCGAUGCUCGUGCAAAAGUAGAAAUUCCUGAAUACAGGUUCGAAUUGUGGCCGGGUUAUCAGACAUCAAUUCGUCAACAUGAACGUGAGGUUCUGAUGGGAGUGGAAAUCACCCACAAAGUAAUGCGUCAAGAUAAUUUAUUGGAUAUCUUGAGUAGAAUUCGUGCUAAUGCUCGUGGUGGUGAUGUUCAAGGGGCCUGCAAAGCUGAAGUAAUCGGAAUAACAGUAUUGACUGGCUAUAAUAAUAACACCUAUCGCAUUGAUGAUAUUGAUUUUUCAAAAAAUCCAACAUCAACAUUUAAAAUGGGAAAGGAUGAAACGCCAAUUAGUUACAUGGACUACUAUCGUAAUAAAUACGGCAUUAAUAUUAGCAAUCGAUCACAACCUCUUUUUGUUGCUCGUUUACCUCUGCGAGAUCGCCGGGCUGGAAAAGACGAGUUACUUUAUUUGAUUCCUGAACUCUGUCGGGCCACCGGAUUGACUGAUGAAAUGCGUACUGACUACAAGUUGAUGGCAAAGUUAGCGACAUUCACUCGUCUUACGCCUGACAGACGUAUUGAAAGAUUGUUGCACUUCAAUAAACGGUUACAAGAUGAACCAACUGUUGUUGAAGAGUUUCGUCAGUGGAAUUUAAAAUUGGAUACUAAAUUGGUUGAAAUUCCCGCCCGGGUAAUAACUUCAGAGAACAUUAUUUUUGGAAACAUGAAACAAUCAGCUACUCAAACUGCUGAUUGGACUCGACAUUUCCGCAGUGCAAGGCUAAUUGUCUGCACUAAAUUGUCUGAUUGGAUUCUCAUUGUUCCCGAACGUGCCAGACUUGAUGCAAAGACAUUUGUUAGCAACAUAAUUAAAGUUAGUCAAGGAAUGUCAUUCGUAAUUAGCCAGCCUCAACUCCGUGAAAUUCGUAAUGAUUCGGCUCAAUCGUAUGCUGAAGAAUUAGAGCGUGUGAUGAGCCGCUCAGUUCCACAACUUAUUUGCUGUAUUUCAGCUAGAUCACGCGCUGAUGUUUACUCAGCUAUCAAGAAAAAGUGCUGUCUUGAUCGUCCUGUUCCAAGUCAAGUUAUACUUCAAAAAAAUUUAGCAUCUAAAGGAGCCAUGUCAAUAGCUACUAAAAUAGCAAUACAGAUAAAUUGUAAGAUUGGUGGCGCUCCUUGGAGUAUUGACUUUGGAAUGUCAGGAUUGAUGGUGGUUGGAUUUGAUGUUUGUCACGAUCCUAAUCAGCGUGGAACUGACUUUGGUGCUAUGGUUGCAUCACUUGAUCGCGGAAUGACUCGAUACUUUUCGGCUGUCAGCGCUCAUCGUAGCAAUGAAGAAUUGACCAAUGAAUUCAGUGUCAAUAUGAUAAAGGCGCUUCGUAAAUAUUCUGACUUAAAUGGAGGUAAACUUCCCUCCCGUAUUGUCGUCUAUCGUGAUGGUGUAGGUGAUGGACAGAUUCCAUACGUAUUGGAACACGAAGUAAAUCAUCUCCGUGAAGCUCUUGCCAAGUUCUAUGGACGUGCCGAACUAGUAAAACUGGCUUUCAUCAUCGUCACAAAACGUAUCAACACACGAUUGUUUUACAAUCGUCGUGAAAAUCCACCACCAGGUACUGUUGUAGAUGAUGUUAUUACAAACCCAUGGAGAUACGAUUUCUUUAUCGUGUCUCAAUGUGUAAGACAAGGAUCUGUCUCACCUACUGCUUAUAAUGUUAUUUUUGACAAUGUUGGGUUGGAUGUGUCUAGUAUCCAACGGUUGACAUUCCAGUUGACUCACAUGUAUUUCAAUUGGAGCGGAACUGUCAGAGUGCCGGCACCUUGUCAGUACGCUCACAAAUUAGCAUUUUUAGUUGCUCAAAGUAUUCAUCGAUCACCAAGUAGCCACUUGGAAAGUCUUUUGUUUUUUCUUUAAAUUUUUUGUAUUUAUACAAGUUAAGCUGAUUUUUUCAU